CGCACCGCAUAUAAACCAACGUCCCUCCCAGACAGAAGCUGUUGCUGCACAGACUCUGCAGCUGUUUGGCUUCGUUCAUUCAGACAGGGAGAAGUUGAUAUUCGUCUUCGCUUUGAAGAUUUCACUUGAGAUUUAAUUUUUUUUGCACAACUGCAGCACUAUCAUUCAGUUUCUUUAUUACUGUCUCCCGUACUGAGCGCGUAAACGUCUGAGAGACUGGCUCCAUAGCGGGAAACCUGUUUACGCACCAGUUAAAGCCACCAGCUUAAAGCGUGGAUCAGAUCUCCUCCUGUGCAGCAGCAGGAUGAAGAUAACCUUCGGCUGUCUGGUGAUCACAGCCGGCAUCUGCGGCGUUCUGAGCUUCGCUUUUUUGGCGACUUCCCUCGGAACCGAUUACUGGUACAUCAUAGAAACGAAUCCAAUGAACGCGAGCGACUCCGAGGACAUGGGCUCCCACUCAGGACUGUGGCGCAUCUACGAAGAGGGGAAGAUGUACUCAGUUUCCAUCGACUCUUUCAACGUGAACUACUCCGGAUACUCUGCGACUGAGCGGAGAAUGCUGAACAUGCACGUUGCCAUAGUGGUGCUGCUUCCCCUCAGCCUGGUUCUGUUGCUGUUUGGUGGCAUCUGUGGACUGGUCAGCUCUCUGGCUCGAAGCACGGUGCUGCUCACCUGCACAGCCUCCUACUUCUUCAUCUGCAGUCUGUUUACUCUGUGUGGUGCGAGUCUCUACAUCGUCUACUCGCACCAGGCCCUGGCUGAGACCGAGAGGCUGGUGGGGCAGGAAGGUCUGGCAUACAUUCGCACCUCCUUCGGCUGGUCUCUGGGUCUGGCCUGGCUCUCCUAUGGCCUGGAGCUCCUCACGGGAGUCCUGCUGCUAAUAGCUGCAGAAAAGGUCAAGCUGCGACACAGCAGCCCCACUAUGGCCUGAUGCAGUCCUCCACAGUUAACCCACGUUGUUGAAGAAAGGUGCUGAACUGUGUGUGAGCUCCAGAGGAGGAACAGUCAGGUAUGUGGUUGUGCUUUACAGGAAGGUACCACAGAGCAGAUGGAAAGUUCUUGAGGGGUUGACGGGGUUGAACUGAUGCUGUGGACUGAUUUAAAGGUAGAUUGAAGCCUGCUGACUUGCAGCAGGUGAAGUGAGGAGGUUAAAAUUGACCAAUUCCACCCUCUGGUGGUGUGAACUGAAAUUGCACCUGAUCAUGCUGAUCGUUUCCAUUUGUGCCAAAUGAAUAAGUAACAUGUAAAGAUAAUGUAAUGAUAAGUGAAAUUUACAGUUUACAAUAUUUCACGUAGAAACUGUCCAUAUUUUUACCUGUAUUUGUUGCUUUGUCAUAAAUGUGCCAUGUGUUGUUGUGUAGCAUUGUGUCAGUUACAUGUUUUUCUACAGCAAAAAAUGUAAAUAAGAUGUGUUACAUGUAAGUACAACUUAAAAAUGUGACAAUAUUUCACCAAUUUAUUGUCUGAGUCCAGGGAUUUUUACCACUUUAUUCUCCAAGUCCUGUUUCUCAUGUUCCUUCAGUAUUGUGGAUAUUAAAAACAGUGUUUUCUCCUGGAAACAAAGUUGGUUCUCAUGUUGGGUCAGAAUUACUCUGAUGUAGAAAUUGGGAGUAGCUGGUUAAUGGGUGGUUUAAUGGUGUUACACAAUUAAUGUACAAACUAAAUGUAAAUGUAGUCAGUUACUGACAAAAAUUAUGUCAAUAAAUUACA